CUACUGUUUGAAUUAUUAUGUGCAACCGUUUUAUGUAUAAGGAAUGCAGUUUGACUGUUGAAUUUGAUGCUGGGGAUCAUGUGGAAAUGGUCACUGUUAAAAGUCAUUGCACAUGCGAAUAAUUUUUCCCACUGCUUUGCCUCAGUUUCUGUAUUUAUUGUAGGCCAAACAUGGUGUUUUCGCUUUCCCUUCUCAUUUUUCCUUCAGGAUGUUCGGGGUAAGGCGGUGUCUAGGCCUGCUUAGUGGUAGUAGUUUAAGGAAAAAGGGUGAAAGUGAAAGCUUGAAAAAAACAGUUCUGAAACCUUCAAGCCUGCCCUAAGUUGAUCUAGACGAUUAGAAACUAGUUUGAAACUAAAUCUGUCAGGUAAUUAUCCUGCAGUGCAGCCAAAAGCUUCAAAGGUUAUUCCUGAAGAGUGGCCGAGGAGCCGAAGUGUAGCUCGAGGUCAUAGUAGUUGGCGAUGUUAAAUUUCUGAGCAAUAAAAUCGUUAGCGAUGGAAGAGAAAACGGCCCACGAAAUGACAUUGGGCAAGUGAAUUAUUCCUUUGCUAAGAGUAUAAAUCUAUAAUAAUUGAACCAAGCUUAAUUGCAUUAGUGUUUUGAAGCAAGGCAAUCGUAACAGAUUUAGUUUUCAUUUUCUUGCGGAGACAUUUUAAUAUUAGGAAGAUGAAUGUUAAGAUACAGCAAAAAUUAAUUAUUAAUUUUAAAUUAGUUGAGGUCAACUAUAUAUUCAAUUUGUAAUGUAAACCUACAAUAAUUGGAGCUCGUCAUUAUAUCCUGCAUUAUUCUUACACCUGUGAUCACUCUCCUCUCUCUAUAUGUCUUUAAUGGCAUUUAUAUAUUCCAAAUAAACUCUUUCUUCUCUCCAGCAACCAUUGAAGAUCUGCCAUCGACAUAUUUCCAUUAAUCUUCUUAAUAUGAAGGUAAAGUCUAUUAAAUAUUUGAUGGCUUUUUUAAUAUAUUAAUAAAUUUAUAUUAAAAUAAUUAGUAUUGUUUUAAGUGAUUUCGAAUUAGUCGAGCAAUUGAACAAUAUAUAUUUAUAUAUAUAUAUAUAUAUAUAUAUAUAAAGGCAUGUGAUGAGGAAGUUUGUGAUGGGCCAUGCAUGACUCACACAUCACGAAGAAGCAACUUCCAAAACUAGAUUACAACUCCACAAAGAAUCAUCAAAUCACAAUAUGGGGUUUGUCUCUCAUGGUGCUUAAUUUUGAUGGGGCUGAGGACAGUCUAAUCUAAUUGUUAGGCACAAAUUUGUAUUUGUGGUUCAAAUUGAGUUAUCUUCUCUGAAGUUAGGCUUCUAAUUGCCUCAAAGAUGGAGGUUAUGAGUUGUGAUCACAUGCUAAUGCUCUUCUUAAUUCCUUCCUAGCCACUCACUACUUUCUUAUUUUAUUUAUUUGUUGUCUUAUUAAGUAUUAUUUUCCUUCAAGUCUUUUCCCUAAUUCAGAAAGCCAUAUUAAUAAGAUCCCAUUCAUUUGGAAAAUGGAAAUUUAUUUAAUUAAGGAGCUCAACACUUCAACUUAAGGGAAUAUAUAUCCAUCUCUUUUCAGAAAUAUUAAUUGUUUUAAUAAUUAUCAAUUAAUUUAAUAUAUAGUGGAUAGCUGUCUGUUAAUAAUUAGUUAAAUGCAAGAAAAAUUAUUAUUAAUUAAUUAGAGAAUUUUUUUUAGUUAUAUAAAAUAUUAAGCCAUUUAUUAUUGCCUAUUAACUAACCAUCUUUUAAUAAAAGAUUAAUAUAAACCCUAAUGGCCAACAUGGCUUUUAUGUUUGUAAUAAUAAAAUUAAUAAAACAGAUUAACAGAUUUUUUUUAAAUUAUUUUUUUUAUAGUGUAUAUUAUGAUUACUCGUCCAUUUGUUUACAUUCUAUUGGUGAUUAAGUAUAUUAUCCAAAGAAAUUAAAAUGUAGCCAUGCAUAUGCAUGCAUGGACUUUUAUUAGAAUCAUAGUUGGGUCAAAAGCUCUCGUGAACAUUAGAUUAAUAAUCACAAUUAAAAACUAAAUUAAAAAAUAUAUAUUUUUUAUCCUAUAAUUGCCUCUAUAAAACCCUAAGUUCCCUUCAUUAUAUCUCAUUAUUUUUCUCACACUUCUACUCUCUGUAUUUUCUUCUCCUUUCUCUCUCUUUCUCUCCAAGAAAACAAAAUGGAGAAAAAGCCAUGCAACUCCCUGGGAAACGAAGUGAGAAAAGGACCAUGGACCAUGGAAGAAGACUUUAUCUUGAUCAACCACAUCGCUAACCAUGGCGAAAGUGUAUGGAACUCACUCGCUAGAGCAGCUGGUCUGAAACGUACCGGAAAGAGUUGUCGGCUCCGUUGGCUGAACUAUCUUCGCCCCGACGUUCGAAGAGGGAACAUCACUCCUGAGGAGCAGCUCUUGAUCAUGGAACUUCAUGCUAAGUGGGGAAACAAGUGGUCGAAAAUCGCAAAGCAUCUUCCAGGAAGGACUGACAAUGAAAUAAAGAACUACUGGAGGACUAGAAUCCAGAAGUACAUUAAGCAAGAAGAGACAUUUGCUGGGCAGAGUUGUGAGAUUAAGGAACAUGCAAGUACAAGCCUCCAAGUCUCUGGUAUGAUUGACACCUACUCUCCACAAUCAUAUCAAGAGACUCUGGAGACUUUUCCAGGAGCAACCUUAGCUCCACAAUCCACACAGGCUUGCUGGAGCUUUGAAGAUGUCUGGUCCACGCACUUUGCUUAAUGCUGAUUAACUACUUAGUUGUUUUCAUAUUGGCUUGUAAGAGGAUCCAAUGCAUCUCUCUAACUAUAUAUCUGUCCAUGUAUAUUUCUUUAUAUGUUUUAUUUUGCAUUUAA